GUGGAGGUGGGAUGAGAUCGACAGAGAAAUGCUUAGACAAACGAAAGGGAGACAAACCAGGAGCCGCCGUCUCAGUGCUCUCGUGAAGUUUAAGCCCCGCUCCCCAUCCGCCUUCUCGGUUCUCCUUCUUUCGUUUUCGCUCCGGUUCACGGCUGCUCGGUCUGCCUUUACCUGACUGAAUGCUGGCUGUCCCUGAGCGCCCCUGACUUGCAGGCUCCAACGUGAAGGAUGCUGUGAAAAACCUCAGCUCGUGUUGGACACCGGGAUCCAUGGAGCACUUCCUACGGAGCAGGCGUGUGUUCAAGACUUUACUGAGCUUGGCAGUAGCCUUCGGCACCCUGGUGAUGAUCCCGAAAUACGCCGAUUUGGAAAAGAGGGUCAAGCAGGGACUAACCCGUCGGAGCCCCGAGUGGAGACGGCCAGAAUCCGCUUUAGUGAAAAGCGUCUCGACUGUCAAGACUGGCUGCAGCAAAAACGUUUCUUUCCAGGAGCCUCCCGAGGAAGGUCCAUUCGAGGCUGCUGGAUACAAUGGGGCUCCGGUGGACUGGGAUGUUCGCGGUGUGGACUGCAGCCCCAACCCGGCAGUAAUGCAGAAGAACUGGUUCUUAAAGCUGGAUCAGCAUUUUCAGCAGUUUGUCCUCUACAGACACUGCAAAUACUACCCGAUGCUCAUUAACCACCCAGAGAAGUGCAAAGGGGACAUUCACCUCUUGAUGGUGAUAAAGUCCGUCAUUGAACACCAUGACCGUCGAGAGGCAGUUCGCCAGACUUGGGGUAAAGAAAGAAAUAUUGGGGAUAAAAAGAUAAAGACUCUGUUUCUGCUUGGGACACCAUCAUUGGACAAUGAUGCAAAAAAUCUACAAAAGCUUAUUGAGUUUGAGGAUAAACUCUAUGGGGACAUCCUACAGUGGGAUUUUAUGGAUACGUUUUUCAAUCUCACACUCAAGGAGGUGAACUUUCUCAAGUGGUUUCAUAUCUAUUGUCCUAGAACUCAGUUUAUCUUCAAAGGAGAUGAUGAUGUCUUUGUGAACCCCGAUAACCUUCUGGAGUUAUUAAGUUUUAGGCGGGACAGCCCUGGGAUGCACAGCCUGUUUGUUGGUGACACCAUUCACAGAGCUAUUCCCAUUCGAAACAGAAAGAGUAAAUAUUUCAUACCUAGGGAGCUGUAUGAUAAGCCAUACCCACCGUAUGUUGGUGGAGGGGGCUUCCUUAUGUCAGGAGCACUGGCUCAGAGACUGUUCAUUGCUAGUGCUGAUAUGGUGCUUUACCCUAUCGAUGAUGUGUUUUUGGGCAUGUGCCUUCAGAAAGUGAAAGUCACUCCAGAGAAUCACCCUGGGUUCCGGACAUUUGGAAUAAUGAAACAUAAAGUCAGCCCCAUGAAUAAUGAUCCUUGUUUUUAUAAAAACCUGUUGGUGAUCCAUAAACUGAACCCAGAGGAGCUUCUUCACAUGUGGAAUUCCAUUCAUGAUGCAAACCUAAUUUGUGCCAAAAAAAGUGUUUUACUUUGAAAAAGGAUGCUCUGAUGUAUUAUUAAAUAAAGAUGACAGGAUUUCAUUUCCAUCACCACUUAAAGAACAUUUAACCUGGUAAUGUAUACUGCAUAUGAUGGUGGGUGGCAGACAGAAAACAAACCUGUGUACAAUUCUGAGGGCUCGCAGACCCUGUUGUUUGGGUCAGUAGUUACUGGUUGCAGUUUACUCCUGGAUGGCUGACAAUACAAAAUGUACACUUUGACAAAUGUUUUAUUUUUGUUUAAAUAUGGAUGCUAUCAUUUAGAUGUACAAAAUAUUUAUUCACUUUUAUGAUUCAGUUUGGAGUUAUGAUACUCCGUAAAUGCCAAUAGUGGAGAGUGGAGUUAAAUCCCUUUUAAA